AUGAAAAAUAGCUAUAAUAGUGCCCUUAGAAACGAUCUUUGGGAGUAUGAUUACCAAGAAAACGCGAAUAUAUACGAUACAACACACUCCUUGGUGAAUAACAUAUUUAACCCUGAGCCUGAGCCUGAGCCUGGAUCCGACACAGAAACAAAACCAAUAAAACUAGUAACUUCCAAAAGCUUGGAUCCACGAGUUUUUCAGUUACUCUUGGGCUACGUCAGAAACGACGCUUCUUGUAUAGACCGAAGUGACAUUAUCAGUAUCAUCGAAACAUCCAAUCUUCUCCAAUGCAAAAUACUCAGUACAAAAGCAUUCAUGUAUUUAAGAAGCCAAAUCAAUCAAUCAAACCUAUUGGAAACAUGGCAUAUUGCAGAUACAUACAGCUGCAAAGAUACAAUAGAUGCCUGUGUAAUAUAUAUGCUUAAGAACUAUCAGUCUGUAUUCAAUGAUCCUUCGUGGCUUCUGGCAACUACAGGCCAAGUUUACAAGAUUUUCACAUUGGAUGGUCUAAAUUACGUUGAGCAUUAUGAUGCCUUAUCGGACGCACUUGUUUCCUGGAGAGUUGCAUCGCUCACACAAUUACUGAAUGAGCUUGAGGCCAGCACAAAGGAUUCUACCCAUGCUACCGUUAUACAUCGGCUCCAUCAAACAGUCAAAGCUCCAAAAAUACUGACAGAAAAUGAAGAAGAUUGGAUAGAUAAGGAUAACCUCUUGAGAAAAGUACGAGAACAAAUGGAAACUAUAGAAAAUCAUUUUAUUUAUAUGAUGGGGCAUAUUUCCGUAUUAAAGAAAGGCCUUUGA